CGGAUGGUGUUAGUGGGGGAACAGGAAGUUCCGGACAGAAGCGAACCAUUCUCCAGUGUAAAGAAAGUGCCAGAACGGUGCAGUCAAGAAGAUAACAAUCGUGUCCUUUUCUAUUUAUUACUACAGGGAUGUAAUAACACGUUUAAACAUUCUAAUAUCGGAAGAACAUGUCAUACCAUUUUAGGUAACACAUCCGUUAAUGUAUUAUCACGUUUGGUAAAGGUUUGAUGUGUUAUUUUUGUGUCAAGCCGAGUGAAAACGUGAUAACGUUAACUAUUUUACAAGUUACAUAGUUAGAGCCUUUGGGGUUUGUCUGAGUGGGUGUACAUCGUUUUCUCAAGGCCGACUCAGGUCAAGUCUGAAGCCGGUAACAUCAACAGUGAGGACAAACCCAGCCUGCCUCUCUCCUUCCACACUGACUCCUAACCUACAGUCACUGGGUCCUGAUUGUGACAGUCGAGCCCAGUUUGCACUGGAGGAUCCAGAGAUGGCAUCAGUGAAGCUGGAAGACUGCAGUCAAACAAUGGAGCUGAAUGUCAACAUUAAAGAGGAAGAAGAGGAGGAAAAGAUUGGGACGUCUGUUAGUCAUGGUAUGAGGCCGGUAACAUCAACAGUGAGGACAACCCCAGCCCGCCUCUCUCCUUCCACACUGAGUCCAAACCUACAGUCACUGGGUCCUGAUAAUGACUCUGGAGGCCAGUUUUUACAGCAGGAUCCAGAGAUGGCAUCAGUGAAGCUGGAAGACUGCAGUCAAACACUGGAGCUAAAUGUCAACAUUAAAGAUGAAGAGGAGGAGAAGAUUGGGAAAUCUGUUUCUCAUGGACGACUAGAAUUAAGUCUGAAGCCGGUAACAUCAACAGUGAGUACAAACCCAGCCUGCCUCUCUCCUUCCACACUGAGUCCAAACCUACAGUCACUGGGUCCUGAUUGUGACAGUGGAGCCCAGUUUGCACUGCAGGAUCCAGAGAUGGCAUCAGUGAAGCUGGAAGACUGCAGUCAAACACUGGAGCUGAAUGUCAACAUUAAAGAUGAAGAAGAGGAGGAGAAGAUUGGGACGUCUGUUAGUCAUGGUAUGAGGCCGGUAACAUCAACAGCGAGGACAACCCCAGCCUGCCUCUCUCCUUCCACACUGAGUCCAAACCUACAGUCACUGGGUCCUGAUAAUGACAGUGGAGGCCAGUUUUUACAGCAGGAUCCAGAGAUGGCAUCAGUGAAGCUGGAAGACUGCAGUCAAACAAUGGAGCUGAAUGUUGACAUUAAAGUUGAAGAAGAGGAGGAGAAGAUUGGGAAGUCUGUUAGUCAUGGAGACCAUGUUGAGACAUUCUCUACAUCCAGAGAGCAACAGCAGGAAGAUCAUGGAGCUAAGAGGUCUCACCACUGCCCACAUUGUGAUGAGAUUUUCCCAAUUCUAUCAAAGCUAAAAAUACACCUAAAAAUACACCUAGGAGAGAAUCGGUAUUCCUGUACUGACUGUGGGAAGAGAUUCACAACAUCAAGGACUCUGACAGUUCAUCAGAGAGUGCACACUGGAGAGAAGCCUUACUCCUGCCCUGACUGUGGAAAGGUUUUCUCUCGACUGGGCCACUUAAAAAGACAUGAACAUAUACAUACAGGAGUGAAGCCUUACUCUUGCUCUGACUGUGUAAAAUGCUACACAACACCAACUGAGCUAGAACUUCAUCAGAGAGUGCACACUGUAGAGAAGCCUUACUCCUGCUCUGACUGUGGGAAGAGUUUCUCUCGACAGGGUUUUUUAAAAGCACAUGAACUUAUACAUACAGGAGUGAAGCCUUAUUCCUGCUCUGACUGUGGGAAGAUGUUCUCUCAACUGGGCAACUUAAAAACACAUGAACGUAUACAUACAGGAGUGAAGCCUUACUCCUGCUCUGACUGUGUAAAAUGCUUCACAACAUCAACUGAGCUAAAAGUUCAUCAGAGAACACACACAGGAGAGAAGCCUUACUCCUGCUCUGACUGUGUAAAAUGUUUCACAACAUCAACUGAGCUAAAAGUCCAUCAGAGAACACACACAGGAGAGAAGCCUUACUCCUGCUCUGACUGUGGAAAGAGUUUCUCUCAAUUGUGCCACUUAAAAAGACACCAACGUAAACAUAAAGGAGAGAAGCCUUACCACUGAUCUGACUGUAGAAAAUGUUUUAAAACAACAGCUGAGCUAAAAGGUCAUCAGAGAACAGACACAGGAGAGAAGCCUUACUACUCCUCUUAAUUUGCCAAGAGUAACUCAAGUAAAAGUCUAAAGGUAUUUGGUUUUAAAUAUACCUUAGUAUCAAAAGUAAAAGUGAAUAAUUUCAAAUUCCUUAAAUGAACCUCUAACCGGGACGGUUGUUGAUAACGUGCUCCAAUGUGACUAAAAUGAUGUUGGUCCCGUGUGGCUCAGUUGGUAGAGCAUGGCGCUUGCAACGCCAGGGUUGUGGGUUCAAUUCCCACGGGGGGACCAGGGUUCUAUUCCCACGGGGGGACCAGGAUGAAUAUGUAUGAACUUUCCAAUUUGUAAGUCGCUCUGGAUAAGAGCGUCUGCUAAAUGACUUAAAUGUAAAGUAAAUGUAUACAACAGCCAACUUUCCAGGACAUAGACAUUUCUUUAUAUAGGCAGAAAGCUUAAAUUCGUGUUAAUCUUCUGCAGUGUCCACUUUAACAGUAGCUAUUACAGUGAAAAAAUACCAUGCUAUUGUUUGAGGAGAGUGCACAACAACUUUUAUCAUGGCAACUGGUUUAAUACAUCACCUCUGAAGGUCAAUAAUGUACUUACAUUUAGUAAUCUUGCUCUGAUUUGUCAUCCUGAGGCUCCCAGAGAUAAAAUGUAGCAAAGUUUAAUUUGCUAAAAUCUAUUUUUAUAUUCAAAUGUAGGAACUGGGUUCUACAUUUUGAACACCUGCUGGCUCUGGCACCACACCCACCCUGCCCGGCCAACUAGAUGUGUGAAAGUUUGUGUAUAAGCUAAUGAUCCAUCAUGUAGACAUUCCUGGCAGUGUGUAAACUUAAAUUUUUUAUAACCAUAGCAUUUUUGUAUGUUCUCUAUAGUUUUGUACUUAAAUGUAUCAAUUGACCAAUUCAGCACAUUUGGGGAACCUCCUGGCAGACUUGAUACAGUGCAGUAAUGUAAUUCUUCCCUGGAUCAGGCAGAACCUUUGCACACUGCUGCUGUCUGGUGGCCAAAAUCUAAAUUACACCUACAGCCAAUUGUAAACUGGGGAUUAUUAGGUGAUCAUGAUGGUUUGAGGGCCAUAUUGGGAAUAACACCCCUACUCUUACAAUAAGUGCCAUGGGAUCUUUAAUGACCUCAGCGUCGGGACACUGGUUUUAAUGUCCCCCUACACAGUGCCCUGGGGCAUUGGGAUAUUUUUUUAGACCAGAGAAAAGAGUGCCUCCUACUGGCCCUCCAACACCACUUCCAGCAGCAUCUGGUCUCCCAUCCAGGGACUGACCAGGACCAACCCUGCUUAGCUUCAGAAGCAAGCCAGCAGUGGUAUGCAGGGUGGUAUGCUGCUGGCUGUAUGGCCGUUCUCUUGCAUUUCAAAGAAGAAAAAGAAAAACACAUGUUUUUGUGUUUGUAUUAUCUUUUACCAGAUCUAAUGUAAUAUUCUCCUAAAUUAAUUUCACAUUUCCACAAACUUCAAAUGGUAUCAAGAAUAUGCAUAUCCUUGCUUCAGGUGCUGAGCUACAAACAGUUAGAUUUGGGUAUGUCGUUUUAGGCAAAAAAAUUAAAAGGUGUACGCUCCUUAAGAAGUUUUUAAGCAAACCAGACAGCACAAUUGUGUUUUAUUUUUUAUAUUACGGAUAACCAGGGGCACACUCCAACACCAUUUACAAGCAAAGCAUUUGUGUUUAGUGAGUCUGCCAGAUCAGAGGCAGUAGGGAUGACCAGGGAUGUUAUCUUGAUAAGUGCGUGAAUUGGACCAUUUUCUGUCCUGUUAAUCAUAAAAAAUGUAAUGAAUACCCUUGUGUCAGGGAAAAUGUAUGGAUUAAAAAGUAUUAUUUACUCUAGGAAUUUAGUGAAAUAAAAGUAAAAGUUGUCAAAAAUAUAAAUAGUAAAGUACAGAUACUACUUAAGUAAAAAUGAUUUAAAUAACUAUUUAAGUACUUUACACCACUGCCUGCAUCCAUGCUGUGUGUCAGCAUUGCAGGCUGGUGGUGUGGGGUGUUUUUUCAGGGCACAAAUUGGGCCCCUUGAUAAAAGUUUGAAAGCAUCCCUUAAUGGCAGCAGUGUAUCCAUCUGCAAAUGGAUUCUUUCAGCAGGAUUAUGUCUUAUGCCACAAGGUUUGUCCAGGCAUGGUUCCAAGAACAUUACUUCUUUGUCCAUCUGUGGGAGGAGAAGGAACGAGCUAUUCGGAGUAGAUCCACUCUCAGCCAACUUGACACAAUUGUAGGAAGCAUUGGAGUCAACAUGGAUCAGAGUCCCUGUGGAACGCACUCGACACCUUGGACAGUCCAUGCCCCGACGAAUUGAGGCUGUUCUGAGGACAAAGGGGGGUGCAACUCAAUAUUAGGAAGGUGUUUCAAAUAUUUUGUACUAGGGAUGCACCGAUAUGGCAUUUUUGGCCAAUAUGAUAUCUGAUAUUUUCCUUGCCAAAAGACCGAUACUGAUAUUUAACAUUUUAGCGGCCUUUUAAGCAUUCUAGUACAGUUAAAUAGUUAACACACACACGUACGCAGCGGUCUGCAAGAGGCGUCACUACAGCCCCUGGUUUGAAUCCAGGCUGUAUCACAUCCGGACGUGAUUGAGAGUCGCAUAGGGCUGCGCACAAUUGGCCCAGUGUUGCCCGGGGUAGGCCAUCAUUGUAAAUAAGAAUUUUGUUCUUAACUGAUAUGGUGUAAUGAUCAGUUUUUCACAUUAGUUUGGGUGGAUUAUUUUAUUACUAAACAACUUUUGUUUAAUGAUAAACAAGCUUUGAAUCAACUAAUAGUUUAUUAAAUUGACUUUGUAACAGUAUUUUUAUUGGAAUUUCACAAUUUUCACCCAUAAAAGUGAAUUACAGUGCAAUUCUGAAAUACAUAGAUCACCACCAUUCUAAGAGAAUCCUUGCAGCAUAAUAGGUGAUACCUCAGGUUCUAGGUAAUUUAGAUAGGGUUCCCAUACUUUGUAGAACUGAUCUGUUUUAGAAUGCAAUGUACAUGUCAGAUAUUCCAAUGGCACCCAUUUAAAUAGUAUCUUAUGCCAAUCUUUAAUAGAAGGAACCUUAUCACUAAUCCACUAUAAAAGGAUGUUUUUCCUCGCUGCGAAGGUAAGGAUGUUGUAAAGCCUCCUCUUACCCACAGAAGUAACAUGCCUACUAGGGAGACCUAACAGUAACGAAACUGGGUCUAAUUCUAGAUCAACCCCUAGGAUCUUUUCAAUUUCUUGCAGAACACCAGACCAGUAUCGUUGUAUUUUGGUACAUGACCAUAAACAAUGUGUUAGGGUGCCUGUAUCAGUGUUACAUUUAAGACACUGAGGAGAAGAGGAAGAGGGGCUAAAAGCAUGUCUGCGAUUUGGGGAUAUAUGUAAUCUGUAUUAUUCUUAAUUAAUUUGCUCUAGUACGAUUACAUAUAUUGUUUUUGCAUAUCUCCAAAUGUCCUCAAACAUCUCUUCGUCAAUAGUAACAGACAAUACAUUCUCCCACACUUGUUUCACCCUCUGUGUGUCGACAGCAGAAAAGGACCUUAAAGCAUCAUUUGUGGGGAAAAAAAGCAUUCUUUCAAUGACAGAUAUCAGGGUUGCCAAUUAAGGUGGUGCUCUUCAGAAUAUAAUGUCUUACUUGUAGGAAGCGGAAAAAGUCCUGCUUUGGGAGUCGAUAUUUCUUGAUCAUCUGCUCAAAUGACAAUAAAAUCUUAUCAGCAAAUAA